GACGGGUCAGCAUAUCCAGCCGGGCUCCUCCACCCACCACUGAGGUAGUGACGGCUGCCCUGGGUGGACCACUCCGCUCUGUCCUCCCUCUCGGCACCUAACAACACAGGUGUCAACACUAUCAUAACUGAAGGACUUAUCAAAGAGGAACAUGAAGGUGGAAGUACAGGUGUGGGCGUGGGUGCUGGCUACUGUGGUGGGCGUCGACGUGGCGGGCGCGGCUGGAUACUCUCGAACUAUUGACUCAUGGAGAGAGGAUGGUGUCCCAGCUACACAAUAUCGACCACAUGAGGCAAGGCACCGCUUCACAACAGGCUCAUCUAGACCACAAUAUACCCGCAGAGACACAGACCCAGCCAGAGAUUUCAGAAUAAAUAAAAUAAAUUCAGCGAAAGAUAGCAAGACACGUGGUCACUUACCUACAAGACGUAACCUCUACUACAACGACCUUUUUAGUAACUAUGGCACAUUAAGGUCAGAAGCAUCACCAAAGAGAAAAAUUCAUCCUGAAGCAUCUGAAAGAACCAGAAGCCAUUCCACAACAGCCUACAUCGACGUCAGUAUCUAUCGUCCAAACCCUGCAGCGAGAUACUACCGACGACUGAACUCACAAGUGUCGCCGAUGAGCUCCUCUUUACCACGACAUCAGCAUGGACGCCUCAGCUAUAGCACGGGGAAUUCUGCCACAACAAGGAGUUUUCCAUCAGAUUCACCAGCUCCUGAUUCUAGAAGUGUCUAUUCCAGGACAUCUGGAAGUUUAGGUGUCAAUGUUGAUUCCAGAAACGGUAGAGACGACCAGACGACAGAUUUAAGUAACUCGCUGAGGACUAACCACCAUGUUGCCCCUGAUCAUAAUUCUAGGAGCUACUCAGUAAACGAUUAUUCACUGAGACAACUUGAAGAGCCCCUCACUGUACGGGACACACCCCAGGACUCAAUAGCCCGAAGUAAUGGUUCAGGGUCGACGCCAACCGACCCCCACAUAUCCCCAGACCUGCAUAAUUCAGGACAGAUCUCUCCCGAAGACUAUGCAGUGCAGACCAACACCGUGGAAAUGCCUGACAGGUGCUGUGGGAGUUAUGUGCCUCUCGACCUCACCAACGCCAUCAACAUAAACGGCCUCAGUAGAGUCGCCUCCGCUGGCUCCGUCAAGGUGAUAGACGUGCCAUCAGUUAACACUGAUGUGCUACCGCCGGUGGCCGUCAGGGACCUCCGUGCCGCUCCCCUUGACCCUCACACCAUCACCAUUACCUGGACAACACCUGGGGACGACCUUGACUUCGGUACAGCCUCUAGCUACGUCAUUCGUAUGAGUGACAGCAUAAGUGACCUCCGAGAGUACCGCUUUGACCUGGCCCCAGAGGAGACCCUGCUGGAGGUAUCGGAGCUCCUGGCGAGUGCGGGGGUCUACCAGGUGGCGGGGACGGAGGUGAACGUGACCGUGCCCCUGGUCGGGCCGCUGCAGUAUAAUAAGCUUUACUACGCGGCGCUUAGGGCCAUCGAUGACAGUGGCAAUGUUAGUCCUGUCUUCCACAGCCCCGUCUCCAACUUGGCCCGAUUCAUCAUGGUUCGACCUGACCCAGAGACGACUCUGGACGGAUGGACACCGAGCCAUCAUAAUUUCGAAGAAUCUAUUGAGGGAACUACCACUGUACCUUCCACAGCACAACCUAACAGAGAGAGAGUGGGUCCGUCAGACGACCUCAAUUCGCGUCUGCCAGUUAGUGGUAAAGACAGCCGUGCAAUGGUAGUACCCACUGCAGUACCCACUGAAUCUCCACCUAGUUUGCCGCAACCAACUGAACCUAUCCUAAUGGUUCCAGAACCCACUGAACCUGGUCUGAUGGAAGAUGAGAACGAUGAGAACCCCCCUACAGACACUGAAUCUGCUGAGGUUCCUAGAAGGUCUCCAUCAGACUCCAACCAAAAUCAUUUGAGAGAUUUCGAGGAAGACCAGCCAAGACAAGGGAGACGCAAAAAUAAGAAUCGUAAUAAGAAAGGCCAAAAGUCAAAGAAGAAGAAUAGGAGGAAAAAUGAGAAGAGAGACAACCGGAGGAACCAGAGGAGACCGAGCAGACCGAGCAGACAACACGACAACAUUACUCUCCGCCCAGCCAACACGUACUUGCUGGAGAACUCUGAGUGCGUGUUUGAGGAGUUGGGGAACGUGAGUCUCUGUGACGCUCGCUACUCCCUGGCCAUCGUCAUCGCCUACUUCAGCCAGAACAACGAAUACCAGCACCUGGAUUAUCUCUCGGGGGCCAUGCAAUCCCUGCAGGAGAAAACCCGCCCGGCGUGGCAGAGACAACAGCGACAAACCCGUAGAGGGCGCAGAAGGGAGCCAAGGGACGAUGAUGAUAGUAACGUCUUGGAUAUUGUCCCUCUCGGAUUACUUAUUUAGCUUCUAGUUAAGGGGUUAAUAUAAGAGUGUGUUGCUGUGUCUGGCCAUUAACCAGUCGUCUCCAUUAUUUAUAUGUGAUUAGUCAUAAGAUAUACACAGACACUGUUGCCAUACCCACCAGUCGCCUCCAGUAUUGACAUGACGAUUUUUAUUGAUAAUUCUACCCUGAAAUAGUUACAAUUUCCUCCAGUAUUUAUUUAGUGAUGAUUCUAUCGUGAAAUUGUGUAUGAACCUGAAUUCAUUAUCAACGCUUACAGUAUUGAUACGUUAAGGAGACGCUAAACUCCUGCACUUAAGAGACAAUUUGUUCCAUUCACCUCCACUGUUCGUAUUGUGUUCUAAAAUUAUAAUCAUUAAUAUUUGGUGUGGUAUUAGUUUGUCGCGUCUCACUGUUGUACUCUGUGGAUAUUAAAGUCAGUUUCAUUGUUGCAAUUUUUUUUAAUUAAUUUGUGUUGUUGUUUGUAAUAAAUAUUUAGAAAUA